ACUUAAUCCACGCCCACUGAUUGUUGACAACUUGAGAAAACCACAUAAUAUUGGUCGUCGUUGCCCAAACCACCAUUAACAACAGCAGAAAAUAUAAGAAUAGCAGUGGAGAGUGAAAUAAAUGGCUCGGAAUAAUGUUAAUUAACAACAGAAACAUAUUCACUAAGAAGAAGGAAAAGGCAGAGAAAUGAUCUGACUUAAAACAUUCGACCAUUGCAAGUUGUCUCGUAGGAGGAACUUUUUGGAGAGAUGUGUGCUUACCAUCCAUCCGUAUGGCGUAAAUAUCUUAAAUCUCAUAGAGGAAAAAAUCGAGACGAAGUAAUUACACGUGAUAGAAAACAGUGUUCAUAGGCAAAUAUUAAGGCACAAACAUAUAAAAUAUGAGAAACAAAAGAAGAAUCCUCUUUGUGUGUGUGGCACCUCUAAUACUUACACUGUAUAUAUUGUAUGGAUGGAACCAACAAUUAGAUGGAGAAUUUGUGGAGUUACCAAGCUGUCCAGCCUGUUAUGGUCAAAAUCUUUGUUCAGAAAUUGUGCAACAUCAUAAUUCAGUUGUUCCAAGAAUAGAGUUAAGUGGUAUCUCUAGAUUAAAAGUAUCAAAAUUUGUGAAUUUAAAAAAUGUAUAUUAUGUAUCAAGUGAGAAAGGUGUAGCUGUCUUGAAAAAAUUAGCUCAUAAUUCAGAGUUGUGCGAAUUUGACCGAAAGAUUUGUGACAUCAACAAAAGAAUUCAUUGUAAUGUUUCGGAAACUCUUGAUUAUUUGGUGAAGAAAAGUAAUAAUGAUAUUAAACAAAUUGUUGGCCAGCAUCCCUCAGUAUUUACAAGUGAUGGCAUUGUGUGCAAUCACAGCAGAGUACUUCAGUAUCUGUACAGAAAAUAUACUGAGAUGGAUACUGGACCUGAUAAACAACAUCAUUUUCUUACAAUGUUGGCAAUCAACUUUGAACCUCUUUUAAUUCAUGCAUUUCAUCACACUAAUUGGUUUCCUGCCCUACAAGGAAUGUGUGGCCGGGUGAUAGUGGAGGAUUACGUGGGACCAACACUGUCCCAGCUGAGCCACGUGUCCUGGCUGGAGCGUGCAGACUUUGCUCGCCAACUUUUAGAAAUGGCUCAAGAAUUUUCAUCUUCUGAAUUUCGGCUUUACCUAACAGAUGUAUCCUUAGAUAACUUUGCAGUGGAUAAAGAGGGCAAAGUUAAGGUAAUAGAUGCAGAAAAUAUUGUGCUUGUGGAUCCAUCUGUAAAGGGCCUUGAAACAACUGAACACAUAAACAAGGGCGUUGGAUGCAUGGACUGUUUUAGUUUCUCUUAUGAAGAUCUCUGUGGUCACACAUCUACUGAUCAUAACUUCUUUGCGAUAUGUAAGGGAAUGCUGUCAUCUACUGCAUAUUCCCAAGAUCUUCCUGUAGGACUAUUACACUCACCACCCUCCUGGGUGAUAGAUGUAUAUCCAUCCCUAAAGACUGAUGUAGAAGAUUGUGCAGGACACAUUAGCCGCAACAUUCACCACCUGCCAAGAAGGAGAGAGGCAGCUCUUCACCUUCAUUCACAAUUAGUGAAUAUUUUGAGAGAACCUUUGCUGAUGCAUUAAAGUAACACAAGAGACCAGUCAGUGCCUGUGGAAACAAAUCUUCCUCUCGCCCACAAUACAUCAUAUAGUUAUUAGCUACACUAUAAAUGUUUAUAUACAUUCAUUGUAUUUCUGUAUUUUUCAAAAUAAAGAAUUCUUAAUAA